AUGGCAGAGCCUGCCGUUUUCUUGACCUUAGCCGACUGUGAUAAUACUCACAGGGCUGGAAACUCUCAGCCUCUCUCGAGAGUUUACAUGGAUAGGAUCAAUGUUCCACCUCUCCGAGAACAAUAUUGCUCUAUAAUCUACUCUACGGCGACCAGAAAUACAAGUAGUACUAUAACUACAUUCGGUGACUUCGCUUCUUCUAUGGGUCUCAAGUUUAAUGAGGGUAAUGUUGCUUACACCAUCAACAGCAUCAACACGGAGGAAGAGGAGAAUAAAUACAAAUGGGGAACACGAGGAGAAGAAGAAGAAGAGGAGGAGGAGGAGGAGGAGGAGGAGGAGGAGGAGGAGGAGGAAGGAAGAAGAAGAAGAGGAGGAGGAGGAAGAAGAAAAAAAGAAGAGGAGGAGGAGAAGGUAGAGGAGAAAGAGACGGAGGAAUACCGUCGACGAAGACCACGAAGGAAAACUGACUCGAAGUUGGAAACGCAGGUCGGGGGUGGUUGA